CUUGUUUGCACUGACAUUCACAGAAUGUUAGCGUGAUGAGAUUUAUCAGUCUGCGUAUAUUUUGUUAACAGUUUAUGGCAGUGUUGGACUGUGAUAAUUCAGAAACGCCAAGUUAGAUAGAGAUGUCAUUUAGCGGAAAAGUUGUCAUAAUUACAGGUGCCUCCAGCGGAAUCGGAGCUGCAACUGCUAUUGCAUUUUCAAAAGAAGGAGCCAAGUUAUCAAUUUGUGGCAGAAACAAAGAAAGGUUAUCAGAAACAGCCAAAGAAUGCCAAGAAAAUGGUGCCGAGGUUUUAGAAAUUAUUGGAGAUUUGUUAGAAUUUGAACAUUUGGAACAUUGUAUUGACAAAACAGUCGAGAAAUUUUCUGCUAUUGACGUGUUGAUUAAUAAUGCAGGACGUUCAUUGGCUAAACCUUUCGAGAAUACAGAAGAACCUGAUUUUGACAUGAUGUUUCGGAUACUCGUCCGAGCGCCCGUUUUUCUCUGCAAAUAUGCUUUGCCCCAUCUGAAGAAAACAAAAGGAUGUGUAGUGAAUGUGUCGAGUGUUGCAUCACUAUGCACAAAAAUAGGAGACCUCCCAUACCAAAUGUUUAAAUGUGCUUUGAAUCACUUCACGAAAGGAUUUGCAGCAGAGUGCAGUCCAUUUGGUAUCCGUGUGAACAGCAUCAACCCAUCUGUGGUCAUGACAAGAUUUGCAGAAACAUCAGGAUUUUCAAUGGAAGUCAUGGACAAGGUCGUUGAACGGUUCAAGAAUAAUCAUCCUCUUGGAAUAAUUCAACCUGAAACAAUAGCCGCUGGAAUUAUGUUUCUGUGUACUUCUCCCCAUAUUACCGGAAUAUUAUUGCCAGUAGACUCGGGAUUUUUGGGUACAAUUUGAGAUGCUGUGAAUAGCCUAUAUUGC